AUGAGUGUUUCCCUGUUGCUUGACUUUCCAGAAGAUGCAUUAAGCAACCUCUUAUACUUUCUACCGCAAGAUCUGCUUUUGAACUUGGCCUUGACAAACUUCCACUUCUACGAGCCAUGCCUCAAGAGGCUCUACCAGAGAUUGGUGAUCCAAACAGAUCCAGCUUUGAGGUCAAAUAGCCUUGCUCCUUCGGAUUAUAGGAGAGACGACUUUUUGGAAUCUUCUGCCCUGGUGGUUGCUGGAUUCAGCAAUAUCGAGAGGCCUAAGCUGGCCCACUGGAAGAUGGUGGAGGCUAGGGUACGGACGCUUUCGAGCUCGAUCCAAGUGAACCCUCAGUUGGCCCAGUACAUUGAGCUGAUAGAGGUGGAGGGAACGUUUAAUAGAGAUGUGGAAAAUGCUAUUCAUGAGCUUCUUUUGAUUUUAAGCACCGUUCCUGUUGAUAUAAAAAAGAUCUAUAUAUCUGAUCAGGCUCUUAGAAAGAGACUAGAUUUUGUUAACUUAUCAAAGAAGUUUCCUUCUUUAACGACUAUCUGUGUGGAUAGCCUUGAGGAAUUUCCUGCGCUCGAGACGUUUCCUAACCUCAACGAAAUCGUUAUUGCUGAUGUUUUGGGUGACCUGACAAUGGAUGCAAAUCAUAUCCAAGUACUCACAAACAUAGAACAUCUUUUGGUUCGUUCCACUGCAGAGGUAUCAGAUACGUUCUUUAAGUCCCUUUGGCUGCUUUAUAAGCAACAGCCGUUCAUGUUGAGCAAACUCAAGACAUUUACUGCGUACCAUUCAUACGAAAACCAGCAUAAGUACCCAUAUAUCGAUUUUCUGGGGCUUGAAAACUUCCAGAUUUCGCUUGGAUGCAAUGAUGUUGGUGAAUGUGACCUGGACUGCUUGGAGAACUGUCUUACCCAAUUCCAUUUCACUCAACUCAAACGUUUAGCGGUGAUACAGAACAGUGACCCAAUCCACAAUAACCAUCGCUACAGUGAAAUCUGGGAUUUGGCAGUCUUCAACUUUGUCAAGCAGGUUGUUGAAAAUUCAGAUACAUUGAUUUAUCUUUCUAUUAGACACAAUGUCCCUGCCGAUGGUGUGAUUGACGAUGGAUUUGAGGGUAACUAUUUGAGAAAGGUUAAGCUCUAUACAAAUCUUCUUCCAAAUCUUCUCGCAACACUUCAAAAACAUGUGGUGAAUCUCAUGCUUCCAAACUUGGUGGCAUGUCUUUCAUGUUACGAACAGCCCAUGAACACUUUUAUGUGGAACGGUUGCAAAUGCCCCCACUGCGACAAGUAUUUGACAAAGCUUGACGAUUACUUGCUUCAUCAUAGAUACUAUAGCUUUGAAAAGCAAGUGUUUAAGGAUGUGUUAACAGUGCAAUUGAUGAGAACCAUGAGUGAAGUGUUAGCGGACCGUGUGGUUUAUGAUCUCAACUAUGGAGAUUUAUUCCAACUCAGAAGGCCAUUGAGGAAUUUGAACUGGAACUUCCACGAUAGUAAAUUUUCCAUUCCGUUCAGGUGCUUGCCUGUCAAGACGUACGAGAUUGCAGACUUCGAGGACGAGAAGGCAGAAUUGAAGGAGUCUCAUGAGCGCUUCUUUGACGCAGAGGAGCACGAGAACGAUUGUCAAUUUCUCAGAAAGGAAUCCUUUGUUCCAGACUACUCUGUUGUGGUGUCCCAUUUUCUUAAUGACUUGAUCAGAAAGAUGAUUAACUUGAAUCGUGGAGACGCUGAGGAUGUUCUUAUAGGACAAGAAGGAGACGAGAACGACGGUUUCACGAACUUGAGGAUCAACAAAAUGCUUAUCAAUGGCAUCAACUUCAACUUCGAUCAUGAAAUUAACGGUACCAUUUUUUUCAAGAACGUCUACGAUGAGCUUGACGAUUUUGAUGAAGAAAUCAACUACGAGAUUUAUGUGGUGCUCUUAUUCCAGAGGCUCUCAUACAAAAGAGCCUUCUACCAGAAGUUAGGUCAAACGAAGGGGAGUAUCAUUGUUUUUGAUUGUGGAGCAGGUUUCAUGGAUACAAUUCGUCUUGAAGAUAGCUACUCUGUACGAGUUUCAGACUUCAAUGACUUGAUCAGCCAAUUGAAAGGUAUCAUGACUGAUCAGGAUAAGGAGAUCAGUGAUAGAGAAAUGAACACCUUGAUUAUUGAGAACCUUUCUGAUUUUUACUGGACUCUACGAAGUCUGCCUCAGCGAGUAUCGUCAUAUCUUAGAUUACGGGACUUGACAGCUCAGCUCAAAGAACGGUACCAGUGUAAUAUCAUUGUCACUAGCUGGGAUAGUGACUUUGAGAAAGGGUACAAUCUAAAACACAGUAACGACGAUCCAAAGAAAUUGCUGGAUCUAACGUUCAUCCCGCCAGACUUUUAUACCAAGUUUGACCACAUUUACGCCAUUGGAAGGCAGAACUACAAGUACGAGGAAAAAUGGCAACGAUGCACAUGA